AUGUGCCUGCCAACGCCAGCAGCCCCUUCAUCAAUCCGUACAUCCCACUUGACUGGUGACGCCACAGGAAAUGCCCGAGGAGUCCGAAUGGCUGUUUCCAUGGACGCAGUCUUCAUACUCCAGAGGAAGUUCGGGCCGGUCUUCAGCGUGCACAUCCUGUGGAGGCCGGUGGUGGUGCUGAGCGGGCCCGACGCCGUCCGGGAGGCCCUGGUGCACAGGUCCGAGGACACCUCCGGCCGGCCGCCCAGCCCCGUCUACGGCCACGUGGGCUUCGGCCCCGACGCCCAAGGCGUGGUGCUGGCCCAGUACGGGGAGGCCUGGAAGGAGCAGAGGAGGUUCUCCCUGAGCACCCUGAGGAACCUGGGCCUGGGGAAGCAGUCGCUGGAGCAGUGGGUGACCAGCGAGGCCGACUUCCUUUGCUCUGCCUUCGCCUCCAAGGAAGGUCGGGCCUUUGACCCCAGCCACCUGCUGACCUGCUCCGUCACCAACGUGAUCUCCUCGCUGACCUACGCCACCCGCUUCGGCUACGACGACCCCAAGCUGCAGAGGCUCCUGGAGCUCCUCCAGCGCAGCCUCAGGGAGGACACGGGCCUGCUGCGAGAGGUGGUGAACGAGGUCCCGGCGCUCCUGCGCGUCCCGGGCCUGGCCCGCAGGCUCUUCGGAGCCCUCAAGGGCCUGCUGGACAUCCUGGACGAGUUCUUGGAAGAGCACAAGGCGGCCUGGGACCCCGCCCAGCCCCGGGACCUGACCGACGCUUUCCUGCUGGAGAUGGAGAAGGCGAAGGGGACCCCGGGGAGCAGCUUCAACCCUGCAAACCUCCGCAUGGUCAUAGGGGACCUGUUCACCGCGGGCAUGGUGACCAGCGCGACCACCCUGCGAUGGGCCCUGCUGCUCCUGCUCCGCCACCCCGAUGUCCAGCGCAAGGUCCAGGAGGAAGUGGACGCGGUGAUCGGCCGGAGCCGGAGGCCCACCAUGAAGGACCAGGCCCGCAUGCCCUUCACCAGUGCCGUGAUCCACGAGGUUCAGCGUUUCGGAGACAUCGUUCCCCUCGGCGUCCCCCACAUGACGACCCGGGACACCGAGAUCCAGGGCUUCCUCAUCCCUAAGGGGACCACGCUCAUCACCAACCUGUCCUCGGUGCUCAAAGACGAAGCCACCUGGGAGCAGCCUUACCGAUUCUACCCCGAGCACUUCCUGGAUGCUGAAGGCCGCUUUGUGAAGCCGGAAGCCUUCAUGCCUUUCUCUGCGGGCCGCCGGGUGUGCCUAGGGGAGCCACUGGCCAAGAUGGAACUGUUCCUCUUUUUCACUUGCCUGCUGCAGGAUUUCUCCUUUGUCCUGCCUCCGGGGCACUCCAAGCCCAGUGACAAGGCAGAGGUCUCCUUUCUCUCAGCCCCACAGCCCUUCGAGCUCUGUGCAGUGCCCAGAUAGGAGAGCUGCCUGCCUGCACAGGAUGAUCCCAACAACCCUGUCUCCACCAUCACCUUUCACUGACCUGCCUCCUCUCCCCUUCUUUACCUGCAUGACCUCCUCCUCCCCUCGGGCUAAGGGAGCACAGCUCUGACAUUCCAGGGAAUAAACUACCUUCUCGGCUC